AAGGAAAAAUAUGUAACCUGAUCAUAAGCCUGUAGAGUAAUUCCCUGCUUUUUAUAAUAUUCUUUGGGUCCACCUCAGGUUCCUUCAUUUCGUUGAAAUUCUAUAUUUUACGAAGGGGCACGCAACUCGACCGUUUCCGGUAGAACGCACUAAAUCGUUGUCUAAACGCCCAUCAAUCGAUGCCUCUGAUUUUUGAGAAAGAUCCCUACCAAUAGGAACAGAUCAUAGCAAGCAGAAAAUCAACGGGAAAUCACAUACAGUAACUGUCAGAAUGACCGACGUGCACGAGUGUUCAGGGACCAGUCCGGAUUUUUUGAAAGAGAGAAACGCGCUUAGAGCAAAACGUAAGAAGCUGUUGCCCUCUGACUAUUCUGUUAAAAAGAGACAACCUUUUAGUCUAUUGAGGAAACGAGACAAAGAUAUAUUUGUAACUAAUAAAACGAAUUUUAAGGCACAAUUGAAGAUAUGUGAAAAACUUCUUAAUGAUGGUGAUUGUGAAGUGAUCAUUCAUGGCCUUGGUGCAGCUGUGCGUAGAGCUUGCAAUUUAGCUUUACAGUUAAAGGAGAUUCAUUACGGCGGAAUCGAGUUUGACAUCAAGACUUCUACUAUACCUAUCAUUGACGAUUUUGAACCCAUUCAUGAUAGCGCUGAUUAUGAAACAAUUAAUAGAAAUAAUUCUGCCAUACAUAUUCGUGUGUUCAGAAAGUUCUCAAUAGGUAAUCUGAAGUAUCAAGAGUAACAAAACAAAUUUUAAGAAUAUUUAAUCUGUUAUU